AACUUACAAACGCAAGGAUCGUUGACCGCUGAAAAUGCAGUAGAAAUAAAAAUAAUUUUGUUCAUUGCUCAGCGAUCAUAGUUCAGUAGUUUUAUCGUUUUCUUCCCUCCUAAACAUUAAUUAUUCACAAACUAGCUGCUGACCCUCGAAACUUUUUUUUUCCUCAAAGUAUAGAAAACUGUAAUUGAUUACACGGAAACUACAACUUACUUCUAAAAUUUCUAAACUUUGUUUUCUAGCAGAUGGCUGGAAGUUUUCUAGGAGGGAGCGCGAAAACUAAUAACUAAAACUUUACUUGAUGAUACUUGUUUAACUAACAAAUUUUGCGUUAACAGUAAUGUACUUGCAAUAGAAUUUUUUUUUUUUUUUUUUUUUUUUUUUUUUUUUAAGUACAUAUUAAGUUUUAUUUCAAUCGGGGUGAAUAUCUACUGUUAAAAAAUUUUAAAUCUUGUUUGCUGUUUUUAUAAAAGCAUAAAAUACAAAUAUUAAAGUAACAAUUCUAGUGAAUCGAUGCCCAUUCAAGCAACAGGUGGUUAACGAUUUUUUCUUCUAUCUUUAUUUAAUGGAUAGUUAAAAACCACCAUCCAUAUUGAAUGAACUUACUAAGUAAUUGAAUGAAAGUUAAGUACAGUUGACAUUUAGUGAUAAAUAUUUAGAUUACAUUUUUAUUUUAUCACUACAAUUUUAUUUUAAUUGUGUAAUGCACUGAUUCGCGUAAUAUAAAUUAAGUAAAAGUAGUUAUGAAAAGCUUUCACCUUUUAUUCUCGGCAAAUUUUAAAUGACAUGUUUUGUGGUAAAAAAUAAUAUAUCUGUCACUAGGUUUUCUUGUGACAAUAGAAAAAAAAAAGGAAAGCAUGCCAAUUUUACACUCCGAUUACCCUAAUAAAAAACAGUGGUUUGAAAAAAUUUUUUACAGAAGGAAAGUAUUUAUAGGCUUGAUAAUAUUAUUAAAGUGGCAUUACGUUAGUUUACCACCGAGAACACUGACAGAAGUUAUACACUUGUUCAUUUUUUAAGAGUUAUUUUAUAAUGAAGUGCUAUUACGAAUUAUUGACUAUUGCAAUUUUCCUCAAUGUUUUUGUAAUUGGCUGCAAUGCUAAUGUGGCAUAUGCCAACAAUCGCAGACAGACAUCCAAUUCAGUGUUGGUUGAAGUAGCGAAAGAAUUGGUAGAGAGAUCCAAAAAUACGAACCAGGUUCUUAAUUUAAAUCUAUCGAAUUUAAUUUUGUUGCUGAUGUUAAAAACUAUGGUCAUAGGAACAAAGUAUUUAGAAAAUAAUGACUAUAAAAACCGCGAACUUGAAGAAGAAAAUAUUGUAUCAGAAGAAGAGAUCGCUCUUGCAUUGGGUUAUUUGAUAGGUGAUACCUGUCUUUAUCGAGCAGCAUGUGAAGUACCAAGAACUGCUAGAAAUUACUUGCACGCAAUUGAUAUGAUAACUCAGACCCUGAGUUUAAUGCCACCAACUCUCCGCCCUGACAAUGAUUAUGAAAAAACAAUUUCUGAUUUUCGCAAGGCAAUUGAGUAUGGAGAACUGAAACAAUGCCCACCAGAGUAUAGUUGUAAAAAAGAGAAUAUUAAAAACUUUCUGCGACCUGAAUAUAAUUAAUUGAUGUUAUUAUAAUUACU